AUGGCGAGACAGAAACAGAACCUUUCAUCCACACGAAAUCGUUUCCGAACAAAGGAGAACUCUCAUUUUGCCAUGAUUGAUACUUUUGAAACACAAUUUGAUUUUGAUCAUUAUGAAUAUGCACAUUAUGUGGUCAACCGAAGUAAAGUCUAUUGCUUGGUGCCGAUCGGAGUGAUUUUUCAACAGUUAAGCCCUAACUUCCUUUCCAAAGAAUUUCCUAAAUACAUCUUGAAUUGUGAUCUUACUCAGACGCCACCUCCAAACUAUAGGCCUUCUCACCUAUUGAUUGUGCUUAAACAAAAAGAGAUAGCUCUGAAUGAUUGGGAUAAUUAUACAUGCUCUCGCUUUGGCCUUCUUCGACUGGGAAAGGCUGGUUUUGAGUGCAAUCCUGAAAGAAUCUUUCUCUUUAAGGAUACCUGGUUUGGAGGAUAUUACGAUGAUGUAACUUGUUAUAUCACCCAGUGGAAUAAGCAGAAAGCUGAGCUUUUUUUGGCCAGCCCACGUUAUCCGAAAAGAGCUUGCAUACAUAUCCAUCCAUCUUCAAUUUAUCAGAGUUCCAUAACUAUUGAUGGGCAAAAUAAUUAUUCAUUUUUAUAUGUAAUGGCUGAGCGCCAUUUACCUCAAGUAGUGGAUGAAACGAAUGGCGACACCGUCUUUUAUCUGAAAUUUCCAGAGAACGACGUCCAUUCCCAGAGAUUUGAACUUUGUCAGAUGACAUUUUGCUCGAGCAAGUAUGAUAUGCCAAAUGUAAAAAUUAUUUGUGAAUUAGAAGGAUUCUCUAGUGAUGGAUAUUACGAGUGUCUGGAGAUGGUGGGAACUAACAAAACCAAAGUAGCUUUUUUACUGAGUCAUAAUUCGAGUAAAUUUAAGUGGUCUGGUAAUCCACUAGAGUUGACAUCUGGAUUAUAUGAGUUGAAAGAAAAUGAGGAAGUCAAGCUAAAGAAGUUGAAUUUUACCAAUUUUAAUACGUAUUUCACACAAAAUAUGAAGAUUUUAAACACAUGUAAAUUAGUGAAUGGAAAGUAUUUAGUAAUGGGAAGAAUGAGCAAUGGCGUCGAGUCUACUGCCCAAGAAAACCAAAAAGAACUAUCGUCACACGCAAUCAGUAAUGACAGCAAUGUUCAAAACUCCACUUUUGAUCGUUUAUUUGCUGAAGAAAUGAUCUGGAUUGUUCUUGAUUUAAAUCUGAAGACAGUGAAGAGAGUUUUCCCAAGAGAGGAUCCAAUUGCAUCCUCUUCAUCCACAAAUCAUCAUGAAAAGAGAUCAAAAAAACAAAAGAAAACAAGCAAUCAACCACAAUUUUUAUUUAUUCAAGAUGGAGAUUUGAAUGGAGGUUUUGCAAAUCCAUUUCCUCGCAAUUCCUCAACAAAUCAACUCAGUGAUACCCUUAAUUACAUUUCAGAGGACAAGAGAUUCAAGAAAUACGAUUUACAAAUUCCAAAAUCAACAGCUUGGGGUAAAUACAUGACCAUGUGGUCGAUGAGACCUUUUCCAAGUAAUCCAGAUCUUUUUCAGAUCAUGGUACACAUUACAUACCACAGCAGUGCGUACUAUUCUAGUGAGAAUUAUGGCCGUUUGUUUCAGUUUUAUUUCAGAAUGAGAGAGGAGUGCAGUCCUUGUUUUCUUGAAAAUCCAGUGCAGUUUUGUGACGUUCAAUUUAUGAACCGUCAAUGUCACCAUGCAAAUAGUUUGUAA